GUAGGAGACGGAGAAGCAAGACAAAAUCUGAGGGCCAAAAUCAGAGAAAGCGCUAUCACUGGGUUAAGGUUUAGUUACCUUGUUUUCUUACCAGGCAUGUACAACAGGGAGAUGAGCUACAGCUGAUUUUAUUUUAGUUCUAAGGAAACUAAUGUUGGCUCCUAGGGCAAGAUAGCAACUUUAGUUUGACAUUAGUCAUUAGGAGUGGCUCACUAGUUUAACUGUACUAACCGGCUUAUUUUCAAAUUAUCGUUAAAAAAUGCCUUGUCUAAGCUGGUUCGAGUAAUUUAAAGGAGAUGAACUGUUGAUAGCUACGCUAAUCGACGUGAUUCAUCACCUCGUUCAACUGCAACUGCUGAUGGGUUUGUUUAAGCUUCACUGUGGGUGCCCUGUAGUGGUAACCCCCCUAUUUUCCAAAUAUCCUUUAGUUUUUCUUCCGCACAGCUGCUCGCGAGCCAAGCAGGGAAGUGAGGACACAUGCAGAGGCGGCUCCUCUGUGGGUCAGCACAGGCUGCUGUUAUAACCUUCUGCUGGAGCGGGACGGACGCACUCAGAAAAUUUUCCUUGGAUGACACAUUACUGGAGAAACCAUGUCAAACGCACGUGCCGAAAGCAAUGCCACCGGCAGCGAUACGGAAAGGCAGAACGCUGCGUGCGUGCUGUUAUCCAGCGAGUCUGAGCGUGAAAAGGCAGCCAAGAAGAAAGAGCGCAAAUCCAACAAGUACAAAGUGCUCUGCCUGGUUCUUCCUUUGUGUAUGCUGGCUGCACUACUGGGAUGCAUUUUUGGUUUGAAGCCAAGCUGUUCAAAAGACGUUAACAGUUGCAGAUAUAGAUGUUUUGAGAGAAAGUUUGGUCCCUGCCGUUGUGAUAUUGCCUGCAUUGAACUUGGAAACUGCUGCCUGGAUUUCCAAGAAGUGUGUGUACAACCUGCUAAGCUUUGGACAUGUUCGAAAUUUCGUUGCUCUGAGAAACGGUUACAAUCGUACCACUGUUCUUGUGCUGAUGACUGCGUGGUACAAGGAGACUGUUGUUACAAUUACAAUUUUACUUGCAAAGGUGUGAAAAGGUGGGUCGAGGAAGAAUGUGAAGAGCCUGGCAUACAACACUGCCCAAAAGGGUAUUCCAAGCCUCCUUUGAUCUUGUUUUCUCUUGAUGGUUUCAGAGCUGAAUAUUUAAAAUCUUAUGGCAGACUCCUUCCUGUAAUUAACAGACUGAAAAAAUGUGGCACACAUGCUGCUAGCAUGAGACCUAUUUACCCAACAAAAACCUUCCCGAAUCAUUACAGUAUUGUAACAGGUCUCUAUGCAGAAUCACAUGGCAUAAUUGAUAAUGGUAUGUAUGAUGUAACCAGAAAUGCAAACUUCAGUCUGAGAAGUCCAGAGAAAUUUAAUCCCAUCUGGUAUCAAGGUCAACCUAUCUGGCUGACUGCCAAGUAUCAGGGAUUAAAGGCUGCUACACUCUUUUGGCCUGGAUCUGAUGUUAGAGUUAAUGGAAGUUUUCCAGAUAUUUACAAGACAUAUAAUGGAUCCCUUCCAUAUGAAGAACGUAUCCAAACUAUUCUUGAGUGGCUGAGGUUGCCCGAGGAUGAAAGGCCACAUUUUUACACUUUGUAUUUAGACGAACCUGACAGUUCUGGCCAUAAAUAUGGGCCUGUUAGUGGUGAGGUAAUUGAGGCAUUACAAAGAGUGGACAACAUGGUAGGAAUGUUGAUGGAUGGCCUUAAAGAAAUGAAACUGGACAAAUGUGUAAAUCUUAUUCUUCUGUCAGAUCAUGGAAUGGAAAAAUGUUCAUGUAAGAAAUUUGAGUAUUUGGAGAACUACCUCGAUAGUGUAGACGAACUUUAUGCAAAAGCUGGACCAUCUGUUCGGAUAAGACCCAAGGAUUCGCCAGAUAAGUAUUUUACAUUUAAUUAUGAAGACUUAAUGAGAAAUCUGACAUGCAAGAAACCUGACCAGCACUUCAAACCCUAUUUGAAAAAGGACUUACCAAAGAGGUUCCACUAUGCUAACAGCAAACGAAUUGAAAACGUUCACUUGUAUAUGGACAGACAGUGGCAAGCUGCUCUUCAAAACCUAAAUGAUCCCAAGUACUGCACAGGUGGUUUUCAUGGUUCUGACAAUCAAUUUAAUAAUAUGCAGGCUAUAUUUAUUGCCUUUGGACCUGGAUUCAAGUUCAAGACAGAAGUACCUCCUUUCGAAAAUAUUGAAGUCUACAAUUUAAUGUGUGAUUUAUUGGAGAUUCAGCCAGCAGAAAACAAUGGGACCCGUGGAAGUCUAAAUCGUCUUUUACGAAAACCUGCAUUUGAACCAUUUUAUCCCACAGAAGUGUCAGUUCCUUCAUCCUGCCAACCUACUUCACAGAGACAAGUCUCAAAAUGUCCGUGCAUUUCUGCAAUACCUUCAGGAGAAAACUUGAAACGAGAACUGACAUUAAGUGAUGCAGAGGUUCAGAAAACAGAAGCCUUUAACUUGCCAUAUGGAAAACCUGCAGUUUUGCAGAGCAUCAGCCACUGCCUUCUUCAUCGUCAUCAAUACAUAAGUGCAUUCAGCCACGAUUUCCAGAUGCCACUGUGGACUGCGUAUACUGUCAAUAAACCUCUGUCCACAAUGAGUCUUGUAACAGAGGUUCGAAACUGCUUACCCACUGAUUUUCAACUCUCUUCUGAUAGCAGUAUAAGCUGUAUAAAGACUGAAUUAAAGUCUGGCUUUCUGUAUCCUCCAAAUAUCCAUGCAAGUACACAGGUUGGCCAGUUUAAUGGCCAGAUUAUCAGCAAUAUUGUACCAAUGCACCCAGCUUUUAGGAGUAUAUGGAAUUAUUUCAAUAAGGAACUCUUGCCAAAGUACGCUGCUGAACGAAAUGGCAUUAAUGUGAUUACUGGUCCUGUGUUUGACAGAGACUAUGAUGGGCAUUUUGAUUCAGUAGAAGACAUCACACGGAAUGCAAGUGGCGGUGCUGGUUUACUUCCAACACACUAUUUUGUAGUGCUUACCAGCUGCAGAAAUGCUUCAAUGACUCCCACAGACUGCACUGGCUCCUUGGAUGUGACAUCCUUCAUCAUUCCUCACAGAGCAGACAACAGUGAAAGCUGUGCCGAUGGGAAAAAUGAGUCACAGUGGGUUGAAGAAAGAAUCAGAUUUCACGUGGCACGUGUGCGUGAUGUUGAACUCUUGACUGGUCUGAGCUUUUAUCAUGGCAGAAUUCAAGCUGUCACAGACAUUCUACAGCUGAAAACCUUUUUGCCAUCAUUUGAAGAAGAUGAUGACUAAUUGUCAUGAAGGAUAUCAUCUUGAAUGGCAUACCAUAUGUGUUGAAGGUUCCUAAAUGAACAGCUAUCAAAUUAAUUCCAGCACAGUAAUUAGAGGAGAGUUCGCCUACUGGCACAUUUCGCUGCUGGUAAAUGCACAGACUGUUACAGAGCUGCCCCCGCAAUAGGGACUCAGUGACUUUAAUAUGAUCAACAGGACUUUGGGAAGGCAGCUUUGAUGUGUGCAAACCGUAUUAACGGGCAAAGGCAUGUUACAUUACAGACUAUUAGCACUGCUGAAGCUAGCAAACUGACUGCUGCCUUGCCUAGGAGAUAGAUGACUUUCAGCUUUAUUACAUGGAUUGAAUUAAGUGUGUACAGUGACCAUCGGCUUACAUUUUCAUUCGUCAUCAUUACAUUACAGGGUCUGAUGCAAUAUCUCUGUGGUGCUUUCAUUGGAUAUGAAUCUGUUUAUUAAUGACUGAUUCAUCAACAGCAUAUCAGACAUUUGUUGAUUUAUGUGCAGCUUUCACCUUCAGUGCAUACACACCCAGGCAGAGAGAGAGAGAGAGAGAUCCCUGCACCCUGUCUUUAUUGGGAUUUACUUGAUGGGGCAGCAAUCAUAGGAAUAAAUUAUAAAACAAUACAUUUCAAUUGUUGCUGAUGGACUGACUAUAUACUCAUACAUGUUGCAGAACCCUGAAGACUACCGAUGUUGAGUAAAGAAACACUUCAGAAGUCAUUUACUUUCUAACACGUUAGCUCUUGUCCAGAUAAUUGCUAGGAUGCACCUUUUUUAAAGAAAAUGUCACUGGUUCAUUGUCUAUCUAAAUGUACCAAAUAUAUAAAUAAAGAUUAGCAAUGCAUAUGAAAAGUUAGCUAGUGGUAUAGUCUGAUAUUUCAGUUUUAUUACUGAAGCUUUCUUACAAAGUAAUUUAAAAUUCAUAGCCAUUUAAGGUUUUAUGGGAUUGCAUGUUUAAUAUAUUUGAGUCAAGCUUUUCAAUGGAUGGUCAUUGCAGGAUAAAUAGUCAAGUAAGCUAGGCAUAUCAGAUGAGUGUGUUGUCUUUAAGGCUGCUGUCAGGGAUACUCGCUGCAGAAUUCGCCACCAAAUUUUCUUUUAUCCAAAAAUGUAAUCCUUUAAGAAUUCUACUGUUAGAAACUUUUAUCCUCAAUGUUUAUGAUUUAUUUUAUUCUUAUAAGGAAAAUAUUGUUUGUAGUCUGACUUAUUCCCUGACUAAUGAUAAAUAUUUGAUGUAGGAUUUAGUUUUCAUUUAGCCUGUCAUGUAAAUCAGUGUGUGAUAUAAAAAGAAACACACUUUAUUAUAUAAAGGACUUUGAUUUCCAGUACUUCAGAUAGAUGAAAGAGCUUUUCUCCUUGAGCAAAUGUUAACUUUACUCAAAAAAAGAUCUAGUCAAAAUAAAUAAUUGAAAAUGCCUUUACCGUAGAUAUUUGCAAAGCAAAAUACCCACACAUAUGCACAAAAGAAUGCAACAAAAUUCAAAAUAAACCAAAGAAACCUAUGAAAUAAAAAUUCUUACUACCUCAGCAGAGUGGUCUCAAAUCAUCACAGUUAACCUGAGUGUACCACACAUAGUCCAGUAAGGUAUGGCAGUCUGUCCCCACUGGAGUCAUAGGAAUGAUAAAACGCUGACAGCGUGAAACAGAUUUAAAUUUCUGCGCAAAAAAUUCUAGUAUCAUAGAUUCCUUCCAAAAAGAUUGCCUUGUGACAGUUAACCAAUACAAACUACCUACAAGGUACUACACAUGGCAAUUUGAUGUGGCAGCAUGAGACAGUAUAAAAAUAUAGUAUGCUGACAGUCAGGAAUACAUUAAAAGUUAUUUGUUUAGCCCUAAAUUUACAGCACUGAAUUGUAUAAUAGUAGUAACCUACACACAGAUUUUAAGCUAUAUUGGUAUACAGUUAUAGGGUUAGCAGACUUCCUCUAAUGGCUUCAGCUCUGGGGUAAACUGUAUUGCUGUGACUAAAUCCCAGCAUAAUCCAGACCAAUAUGUAGGCUGUAAUUGUAGUAAAGUAGAUUGCAGUACUUACUUUGUUGUUGUGUCUUUCGGCUUUUUCCAGUUAGGGGUCGCCACAGCAGAACUCCAGUCCGCUAAUGAUUGGCAGUAGAUUUUUACGUGCUGAGUUGCC